UCGACCCCCAUCGCAUCGCAUCCCAGCUAGCGUGCUCACGCCUGCACCCCAUGGCCUCCCGCGCCGGGCGAUCCCGCUUGCAGUGCCCGGGGCGCGAUGCCCCCCUGUCCCCUGGUUGCAUCGCGCGCCCCGCUCCCGCGUCGCUUCUUCUCCCGUGCCUGCUCGCCUCUUCGCAUCGCGGUGCCGCGAGGAACUGAAACUGCCGACGACUGUCAUCAAGUACAUCCAUCAAUUAAUGGCUUGCUUUUUCUUCUCCUCCUAUCCCUCUUUUAUUUCUGUCACUAUAUCAAAUUUAUCCCUCUUGCGUAUCCAUCGAUCUACCAAGCAACUGGAGCUGGCAGUCUGCUCCUGUUCCUGGAUUUAUACUAGCUUGAUUCAUAUGCAUCUCACACUAUUAUCUCUCCAAUCACUCCAAUGAUCUAACACAGGUGAUCACACACCAAUUUCCCUUUUCCUUUUGUUUGCUCGAUCGGAUUUUGUUCAUCAAAAUAGAACCUCACUUAUACAUGCACACCAUUUCGAUUUCUCCUAUCAAUAUUUAAUUCAAUUUUGUACUAUGGUUCAUAUUUAGGAUAUAGUAGCAUUAUUUACCCAGUUUGACUCUCUAACACAUUUUUUUGUUGCUGUAGUUUCCCAUCCUCUUUUGUUUCCCAGGUUUUAGGCCCACGGUUACUGACUUAGUUGAUUUUUACUCUUGAUUUGUCUCUUAAGCGGUUGAAGGGUAUGGAAAACAAUAUCAUAUACAUCCAUUGGUUGAUUUGUCACCCAAUCAGAUCUAAGAAUGUAUGGGCAUGUUAAGCCGAUGAAGUUUUUUUAAUUGGUAUUCAAUUAUGAUCUUUAGCUGGUGAAGUUAUAUCACGGUAUAUAUAAGGUGCUGGUGCAACUGAUCUGGACAUAUUUGUGACUGAAUCUGCUUAGUAAUAUUGGUAUUUCGGAAGUUUUCUGAAAGCUAUGAACACUGCAAGGAGUUAACGAAGGAUGAGAACUUAAUUAUAUAUUUUAGAGGUAAUCCUUUUCCCAACUCCGAUAGCUAAGCAGGAAUUUGUUCUACCAUUCUCUAUGAUCGUUUAACAGUUUAGUUAUGAUUCCCAGCUAACAGUGAUAAUUGGACUAUGUAUGUAGAUGUUUGAAUAUAAAAUGAGAGUCUUUUUAGUGAUGGUUAUCAAUUUUGUAAUUGUAUGGUAGUCAUGGACCAGAUUUGCUACAUGCCUUGACUGCACAUUCCUGGCGUAUCAUAUGACAACAUAUAAAUAAUACGGAGUAAUUGUUACUUCCGGCUAAAUGUACGUUUCUUACCGCAAUAAAAAUAUGAUAUUUCAGCAACUUAUUCAUGAACUGAUUACUGAUUAGCAUUCUAUUGCAAGAUUAACUACUGAGGUACUCCUCUAAAAAAACUACUGAGGUACUAAAACCGAGCUAAAAAGGAUCAGUGAGGGAGAGCUGUACUACAAAAUACAUUAUGCAGAAUACAAGGCUACCAAGUCAAUGAGGAUAUCAGUUCCAGUACACCACCUAUAUAUUUUCCUUCCAGUCUCAGUUCAUAUAGAUAUUUUUUAGAAAGGUUCAUAUGGACAUUAAACAUAUAAUUCUGCAUAAUUUUAUUGAUGGUGUACAUAUUUUUCAUUCUUCAGCAACGAGGUAACAGACUUUAAUUUUAUUGUUCCAAUACUAGGUCUAUCCGGUCAGCACCUAUGUAUCUCACCUGCAAUUCUGUUGCAUUUUUAACCACGGCUACCUAAGUUUAGAUAGCUCAUCACAUAAUUUUUACUCCAUCCAUUCCAUAACAUAAGGAAUCUAUUGUCAUUAUAAAGGUUUUACAAAGUCAAUCACUUAGGAUUAUUUUUUUUCUUUCCUCAUAUGCUACUAUGCUCAUGGUGCAUCUUUGAAAUUUAUUUAUUAUUCCCCGCAGCAACGCAUAGGGUAUUAUCUAGUUUUUGAAUGCUUCCAUCCCAAACGUUCUUUGCUGAGACGGUCUGUAACCCAAUUCGCACUGAUAUUUUGGUAUAACCGAUCAGAAGUUGAAAGUUGAAGCAUAGUCCAUUCACUGCAAGAUGUUAAAUAACCAACAGAUAGAAAUUUAAUUAUCAUAUCUAUAAUAGAUGAUAUACACAGUCAAGUUAAAUAACCUUUUUUAUCUGAUUAUUAUAUUAUAUACUCUCUUUGUCCCAAAUUAUAAGGUGUAUAUUUUUACACGGUUUUUAAUGACAUAUUUUGAUAAUCAAUUUAUUCUAUAUUAUGUUCUCAACAAAUAUGAAAUUAGCAUCACAUAAAAAUAUAUUUAGCAUAUAUAUGAUUAGUAUGAUUAUUAAUUAAAAGUUAGCGAGUUUGAUUUUUUCUUAAAAAAGGACACCUUAUAAUUUGGGACGAAUGGAGUAUAAGGCCCAAAUUAAGCUAUUAAGGCACUCUUUGUUUAGAUUUGUAAGUUAGCUUAUAAGGAAAAAAAAAGCCUAAACGAACGAACAAGUUUUUCUGUUUAGUUUUUUAAAGCCAAAAACUACUAUUACACUCUUAAAUCAAAAGUUGAGUUGAACAACCUAUUUUUGACUUAUUUGAAGUAGGAGUGUGACUUCUUCACCAUUAAAUUUAAUGCUCUAAAGCCACUAAAAGUCUAAACCAAUAAAAUUAAACCUAAACAAAGAGUACGGAGCACGGUGGUAUAUGAAAACAAACAUUUUGCUAGCAAAAGAAGCGUGAAUGAUUUUGCUCAGCUAUCCCCUAUUCACCUCCAUCCUCCAGCUCAGCUCAGUGUCACCUAUCCUCUUCCGUUUGAUCCAUGUUUUCCACGAGCUAACAUAACAAACACUCCCAAGAGAGACGGAGGGAGGAGUCCCACUCCCUCGCUGCUCCGAAGUGUCCCGCACUUCUCGUCUUCCUCCUCGCCGUCGUCUUCCACAACCACCACCGCGCCGCCGCCUACCAAUCCAUCCAGACCUUCUCCUCCCCCGCCGAUGCACACAAAUCGCCGGUGACGUCACGCCGGUGAAGCAGCAGCACUAGGAGAAGGAGGAGCAUAUGGCCUGUGUACUCCGCCUCGCCUCCCGCUCCCGCUCCCGCUCCGGCCUCCGGCCCACCCUCGCCGCCCCGCGGCCGUCUCCGGUUCCGCCUCCGCCGCCGCGGGUGGGACCCACACCCGUCGCCCCCUCGCCGGCGCCUCUCCGCGGUCUCCUCCUCCCCCUAUCCCCGCUCCGCCUCGCUUCCCCUGAUGCCUUCUCAUCGUCGUCGCCGUCGCCCGCGUGGCUCCUCGACGGCCUAAAUUGGCGGCGGGCGGGGAUCGGGAGGAGGUGGUUCGCGACCGAGGCGUCCGCGGCGUCGACGGCGGCUGAGCUGGUGGACGUGCCCCUGGCGCAGACCGGGGAAGGCAUCGCCGAGUGCGAGCUGCUGCGCUGGUUCGUCACUGAGGGUGAUCAAGUAGAUGAAUUCCAGAGGCUCUGUGAAGUACAGAGUGACAAGGCAACUAUCGAAAUAACAAGUCGUUUCAAAGGAAAAGUACAUCAGAUUCACUUUGGUCCUGGUGACAUUGUGAAGGUUGGUGAAACUUUACUGAAGAUGAUGGUGGGCGACAGCCAAACUGUAUCUCAUGAUAGUAUAGCUUCAUCCACUGAUCAUUCACAUGCAGUGGAUGCUGCAAAUCCUUCUGGUGAAGGCAGUGUUCCUAGUGGCACACUCUCCACACCAGCAGUUAGGCAUCUAGCAAAGCAGUAUGGGCUCAACAUAAGUGAUAUUCAGGGAACAGGAAAAGAUGGUAGAGUUUUGAAAGAAGAUGUUCUGAGUUAUGCUGCCAGCAAGGGUCUUUGCAAAGAACCGACAUCAGCUUUGGAAGAGAACAUUGAUCAAGUGGAGUUACUGGAGGGAAGGGGAUCAUUACCCGAUGCUAACUCUUAUGAAGAUAGAAGAAUUUCUCUCAGGGGCUACCAGAGGUCAAUGGUCAAAUCAAUGACCCUGGCUGCAAAAGUACCACAUUUUCAUUAUCUGGAGGAAAUAAACUGUGAUGCUCUUGUGGAACUUAAGGCAUCCUUUCAAAAUGCGAAUAAAGAUCAUACUAUCAAGCACACCUUCCUACCAUUCCUCAUAAAGUCUCUUUCUAAGGCACUGAGUAAAUACCCUUUGUUGAACAGUUGUUUUGUUGAGGAAACCAAUGAAGUUAUUUUCAAAGGAUCCCAUAACAUUGGGGUAGCUAUGGCUACAGAACAUGGAUUAGUGGUGCCAAACAUCAAGAAUGUUCAAUCGCUUUCAAUAUUGGAGAUCACAAAAGAAUUGUCACGUCUACAUGAGAUGGCAUCGCACAACAGGCUGAGCACAGAAGAUAUUGCUGGUGGAACCAUAACACUAAGCAACAUAGGCGCCAUUGGUGGCAAGUUUGGCUCUCCGCUUCUCAACUUGCCUGAAGUUGCCAUUAUUGCACUCGGACGCAUUCAAAAACUUCCUCGCUUUGAUGAUGAUGAAAAUGUUUAUCCUUCCUCAAUAAUCAAUGUGACUGUUGGAGCUGAUCACCGAGUUGUUGACGGCGCCACCGUUGCAAGGUUCUGUAAUGAGUGGAAAAGCCUUGUGGAGAAGCCAGAACGGCUAUUGCUGCAUAUGCGAUGAUCCAAUUGGAUAUCUGAUGCAGGCGAGGGCAGACCAUUUGCACAGGUGCUCUGAAAGCCUGAAAACACAGGCAAUCUGGCAUGAUCGCAUGGAGAUUUCGUACUGUAAGCCUAUGAAAUCUUUUUGCUGGACAAAGAAUCUGUCAAGUAAAUAUUUAUAUGAAUGUAGUGAGCUGACAGUGCAAUGGCACACUGUGUAAAAUAAUUCUACCACACUGGAAUAAAGCAGGGAAUUGUUCCCAAAAGUGCCAAGUAUUGCAACUACUUGCGUGA